UAUAAUUUAUCGUUUUUAAAAAAUUCAAAAAUUAUUAGAUUUCGGCUAACUUUAAUUUCAUACUUUUUGUCAAAUUGCUCACAGGAUACAUCAGUUGGUAUUUUCAUUGUGUUACACAUCAGUCAUGGGACUUUAUAACGCUGCGCCUAAAUUUUAAAUAUGUAACUCCAUGUAAAUCGAUCCUGCAAACCAGUUUGAUUCUUGCAUACUUUAUCGUGAUAGUAUUUUAAACCGAAAAUUUUUUAUAUUUUGUAAAGUUAUCACAAACUUGUUAGAAAAAAUUUUUUUCAAUCGAACGCAUGCAAGAAAUUAAUAAUUUUUUAUAAUUCAUACAGAAAAUAGGUCGAAUGAUAAAAGUUGUAUUGUGACCUAACCUGCAAUUCGAAAUUUUCAGGAUCAAUUGAAAAUCGAGGAAAUUGUUUUAUAUGUCAUUAUAAUGUUUCACGAGCAAACUUAUUUUGUGGUACAUAUUUAUGGAAGUAAAUUGAAAUAAUUUCUUAUAUUUGAAAUUAUAUAUAAAAACUCCCAUAAAAUUUGCUGGCUCGUUAUUAAACGGCGAAAAUAAUAAAUAUUUUGCAUUAAAAAAAAAAGUAUCACGAUGUCAAUUACAAAGAAAAUAGGAAAAGACACAGUAAUUUUUGCUACUAAAGAAGACCAUUCAUCUCCAAGUAAAAUUCAACUUCCUAAACCAGAUCCAGGCCCAGGUUUAUUACUUCCUAAUGGGGAAAUCAAUUGGAAUUGUCCUUGUUUAGGAGGCAUGGCCACGGGGCCUUGUGGUUUAGAGUUCAGAGAUGCCUUCUCUUGUUUCCAUUAUUCUACCGCCGAACCAAAGGGCUCAGAUUGUUAUGAAGCAUUUAAAGUGAUGCAGGCAUGUAUGACAGAAUAUCCUGCACUCUAUGGCAACAAAGACAGUCAAAUUGAUGACAUAGAUAUGGAAGAACAGGGAGAAAUAAAUGCAGCCAAAAAACAAGAUGAUGAGAACAAUUUUCAGAGUAGACUGCCCAUGAACCAAUCAAUUGAGGAACAAACUAUGCCUACAAAAAAUUCAGACAAUGAACGAGCACCAGCUGUUACAAAUAAUUAGGGAAUGAAAAUUUAGUAUUCAUAGGGGAAAUUUUUCAGUAUAAUUGUGAGAGGUUUUUUUUUUUUACUUUGAAAAUAAAAAUUUGUUUAAUCCUAUACAAAACAUUAUAGCAAAAUAAAUUCAAUGUUCUAUCCAUUAUAUUGAUAACUUUUAUAUAGUUUGUUAAGUGCGAGCUAGUUUUCUUAAAUACUAAAGUGUCUGGUACCCAAGUAACACAUACUUUAGCAAGAUCCUAGUGCGUGCCUUGAACGAGACUCCUAGUCACUGUCUUUUUCUACGUAUGGGUCUUUUGCAAGAUCAUGUAACAAGAAAUCAUCAAGAUUUGUGAAUGACUUGCUCAAGGCAUUGUAUGUUUAUGUUUAUAUUUAUUUGAUCAUGGAACUGUCCCCUAACGACCUUGAGAAAAUAUAAAAAAAUAAAAAAAUUACAAAGUGUAUAAAUUUUAACAUCUUAA